AUGGUGAAAUCUACGCAUAAGGCACCUUUCCUCCAGAGGAUUGGGCUGUCGUCUCCGACCUUUCCUCUCCAGAGGAUUGGGCUGUCACGUUCCGACCAAAAUCGUCAGAAGGCACCUUCCUCAGAGGAUUGGGCUGUCGUCCGACCAAAAUCGCCAGAAGGCACCUUCCUCUCCAGAGGGUUGAGCUGUCACGGGUCAGAAGGCACCUUUCCUCCAGAGGAUUGGGCUGUCACGUCUCCGACCAAAAUCGUCAGAAGGCACCUUUCCUCCAGAGGAUUGGGCAGUCACGUCUCCGACCAAAAAUCGUUCAGAAGGCACCUUUUCCAGAGGAUUGGGCUGUCACGUGACCAAAAUCGUCAGAAGGCACCUUUCCUCUCAGAGGAUUGGGCUGUCACGUCUCCGACCAAAAUCGUCAGAAGGCACCUUUCUCCAGAGGAUUGGGCUGUCACGUCUCCGACCAAAAAUCGUCAGAAGGCACCUUUCCUCCCAGAGAUUGGGCUGUCACGUCUCCGACCAAAAUCGUCAGAAGGCACCUUUCCUCUCCAGAGGAUUGAGCUGUCACGUCUCCGACCAAAAUCGUCAGAAGGCACCUUUCCUCUCCAGAGGAUUGGGCUGUCAUUGCCUGACCAAAAUCGUCAGAAGGCACCUUUCCUCUCCAGAGGAUUGGGCUGUCACGUCUCCGACCAAAAUCGUCAGAAGGCACCUUUCCUCUCCAGAGGAUUGGGCUGUCACGUCUCCGACCAAAAUCGUCAGAAGGCACCUUUCCUCUCCAGAGGAUUGGGCUGUCACGUCUCCGACCAAAAUCGUCAGAAGGCACCUUUCCUCUCCAGAGGAUUGGGCUGUCACGUCUCCGACCAACGUGUCGCUAUACACGAGAGAAAACUACAAAGAAAACUUAUCCAAUCAAAUCUGUUUAUUGACAAUGACUUCAUCAAGCAGGCUAUGUUUUCUCUAUGUGUCAGUGAACAAGACAUUGUUGCCCCGGAUUCGUUUAAUAUUCGCCAAUAUGGAGAGCUUUUUUUUUUCAUCUUCUUUGUUUCUCCAGACAAAAGACCUGUUCAUGCAGAGGCAGCUUGCUUGUCAUUUUGUCGAGACUCGCAAAAACUACUUAACGUGAUUAAAUACGCCAAUAAUCAUUGCCAUCGUCUUCUAUAA